UGGCUCUUUUCUGCUUUCAGUCUCCGCUCCCACUGUCUCAUUCUCUUAUUCCAUCUUCCCACUCUCUGUUUUUCCUCCUCCUCCUCUUUGCCUCUCCUUCUUUUUCUCUCACACACAGACACACACACACACACACAUACUCUCUCUCUCCUUCUCUCUCUCUCUUCCUCCCCUCGUAUCCACCGGCAACUGCGCUGAGCAGCCUCCCUCACCAAGCCAGUGGAUCCCUUCACUUGACUAAUUAGCCUUGAAGUGCUGUUGAAGAUCAUCAUAUUUAGCUUAGCGACCUAGCGGCAGAGUGCAGACAGAUAUAGACUAGGCUGACUGGAGGCUGGAUGCCUGGCAGUGGGCAAGCUCACUAUCUCUCUCUAUUCACACUCAGUGCCGAGGGCUCCUCAGUGGCGGAGUGGCGGAAGUGAGAGGUGGUUUUGCUUUGAAAGAGACGAGGAGGGGAAAAGAGAAAGAAGAGCUGAGACCACAUCGAAACCACAGAAUGGGGGUCCGCUGCAGGAGCAAAUCUUCCUAGAGGAGACAGAGACUUGGAGGAGGCAGUGGUCACUGUGCAGCAGCACCGCGUGCAACACACAAAGAUUUAAGAUGAUUGACAGUCGUCUACCAGCACAGAGGAGGGUGGUGAGGAACCUUCCUGCAGACCGAGGCCAGCAGAAGACCAGCACCUACAUCGUGCCCUGCUUCCUCUUUGUGGAGCUGGUCAUCAUGGCAGGGACCGUUCUGUUGGCGUACUACUUUGAGUACACGGACACAUUCCCCGUGCACAUCCAGGGCUUCUUCUGUUUCGACAAAGCCUACUCCAAGCCGUACCCAGGACCAGAGGACAACAGCAAGGCGCCGCCUGUCCUCGUCUACUCCCUGGUAACCGCCAUCCCCACUGUGACGAUUCUGAUCGGGGAAGUGACCAGUUUCUUUGUGAAGACUGAGGGAGCUCAGGAGAAGACCAUAGUGACCGCCGACUGCUGUUAUUUCAACCCUCUCCUCCGUAGGAUCGUACGUUUUCUGGGUGUCUACUCCUUUGGCCUCUUCACCACCACCAUCUUUGCCAAUGCCGGACAGGUGGUGACAGGAAACCAGACGCCUCAUUUCCUGUCUGCCUGCAAGCCAAACUACACAGCUCUGGGCUGCCAGUCUCCACUGCAGUAUAUCGCGGAGCGCCGGGCCUGCACGGGAAACCCGUACCUGGUGGCGUCCGCCCGCAAAUCCUUCCCCUCCAAAGACGCAGCUCUCAGCUUUUAUUCAGCCAUCUACACAGUGAUGUACGUGACCCUGGUGUUCCGGACAAAAGGCACCCGUCUGACCAAGCCCACCCUGUGCCUGGUGCUGCUGUCUCUGGCCGUGCUGGUAGGGGUGGUGAGGGUGACCGAACACAGAAACCACUGGAACGAUGUCCUGGCCGGGUUUGUCACUGGAGGGGCCAUCGCUGCCUUUCUGGUGUCAUGUGUCAUCAACAAUUUCCAGCCGACCCAGAUAGCGGUGCCAACUCCCCCACCUCCACAGCGCCCAGAGCCCUCCGCUGGGCUCCCUCUCCUCAGCCUGCCCCGUGUGGAGAGUCCACUCGAAAAGUUAAGUGGCCUCCAGGCUCCAGGGCUACCGUAUUCUGAGAUCACAUGACCAUCAGCCAAUCCCGUCCCCCGCCCCUCCCGAUGUGCUCCUCCCCUCGCGGCGUUGCCUCACCAGCGCAGUCUAGACCUGCCCUCUGAGACCCCCCUGCCCUGCCCCGCUCACCCCAAAGGACGACAUCCUCUCCGACGAGUCAAAUCAACCCAGGUGUGAGGAUCCACCAAUUGAAUGGAACAGUUCAGCGACAGGUGCACACGGCAAGCCUGGCUGAAACCUAUCAUCCGCUAAGGACCAAUAGGAGAUGGAGACUUGUCCUUCUGUCUCGUUCUGUCCUGCUUGUCCUCCAAGAUGGCCUCCCUUUUCUUUUGGGUGUAAAAGACCCAAUGAAAGACUUGCCAAAGCCAGAGCUGUUGAAGCAAUACUGUGUCCUAUUCCCUUGUCCUUUUUUCCACAAAGACUCAACAGUGACUUUAAAGACUGUUGGCUGGUGAUGACUUGAUGAAACACUUGAUCAAAACAAAAUAACUCAGCAGAGCUGAGGUUUGGGGAUGGAAGAAAAUCCCAAUCACAAGUGGAUCAUCCACAAAAGACCAUUUUUUAACACUCAGGACAAUAAAAUGGGGAAAAAAAACACAGGACAAGAUUUAAAACAAAAAUCUUUGGGUAAUCAAAAUGCAGGUACUGUCAAGUAUUAUGGUACAGAAUUUUUUCUGUCCUAAAAAACUAACAGGAAAUGCUGUCAAAGAGGAAAGCACUUUUGUAAAUUAUAGCACAGAUGAACCAGUUUAGUGUUCAGUAAACUGUGUUGUAUCUUAUUUGUUUUUUGGGGGAUAUCGGUUUGAUCUUUUGCUGUAUAUUGUGUGAAGUGAUAGAAAGGAGAUUUACACACUAGAGCUGUGCUUGUGGUACCACGUUUGUUUUGGAGCAUCAGUUAAUUCAUCCCUCUAGUGAACUGAACUGGAUUUUUGCCAACCUUCCAAACAUCUUCUACUUAGUAUUCAGGUGUGUGUGUGUGUGUGUGUUAUAAAUGUCUGUAGGUUCUACGUCCAUGCUGUGAAAUAAUUGGAUCAUUUGACGUACUGCCUAUUCUCAUGUGGAGUUCUUUGUCAGUGUUAGUUUCCUGUUUCCCAUUUUGCCAUUUUCAUGCAUCUUCUGCCUUUUUCUUUCAGGUUACCUUCAUCUAAGUACAGGACAACAAUAUGACGUGUCUUGCAUUCAUAUCACACAAUGGUCUCCAAAAUGAAUGUGUGGUAAUGACAUCACUUUAUACAUCUGUCCAGUCCAGUCUUUCUUUGUUUUUACCUGCUUCAGUCCAUCAUCAUUUCCUCACACUGACUCUAUGAAUCUAAUGGCACAGACCAGUGUAUAACACAGAGGUAAGGUCUCUGAGUUCUGUAUAGUUUUGUACAGUAUAUAGGUUUCUUUACACAGUAUAUACAACAUUAUCAUUAUGUUAAAAUUGUGUGAACAAUGUGAAGCUACCUGAAACUAGCUGUCUUGUAGGAACAUGAGUAGUGGCCUGAUCUAAAGCAGGAAUGUAGCGCAGUGGAGAAGUGUGGUGUGUUUGGCUCACAACUUGCUUUGGUUCUGCUCAGUUCAAAAGGACACUGCAGACAGGUUAUACUAGUAGGAGAGUAUGUAGUGGGUUAUUUAAAGAAGACAUUGCUAUGGUUUUAUUAUGCGUGUGUGUGCGUGCGUGUGUGUGCUUCUUGGGAUUUGUGUGUAUGUUUAUAAUGAGCACAUUGUAUGGCAGCAUAACUGUUAAUUUGGCAAUCUGUUUUCUUAAGUUAAACUGUCAAAAGUAGCUGCUAUAAUUACACACUUGUUCUUGUGUGUAACUGCAGGCCUUCAAAGGACCCCUGCCAAGCCGUCCCUAACAAUGCCUGUUAUAGCAGAAGGUGCUCAUUAUAGCUUUGAGAUUACCUACAGUAAAACUUUUCAGUCUGGAUUUUUUUGUAAACAGCUGAAGAGAUAUAGAGAACACCAUAACUGUCCAAAUAAUGUUAUUUUCAUGUUAAAAAUGUCUCUGUUUUGUAUUUAUUUACCAAAAUAAAUUGCAACUAGCACACAU